AUGCGGAGAUUGGCUAAAGCCUUGCGAUUCGACGUUCCCACGAUUUCUAUACUGGCCGGAGAGGCACUUGAAAGAGUCACUGGGCUCGGCCCCCAAGACUUCGCCAACAUGGGACAGGCGCCAGGGGUGCCAGCGGUGCUUCGCCCUUCGUUGACGGCUGCGGUCCCCGCUGAAGCCGAGCUUUCACGGCUUUCGCCACAGCACCUGGCCAAUGGAGGAUGGGCCACGAGGAUACUACAAGCCUCUGGCUUGGCGUUUACUUCGGCGGCCCUGGCAAGGGCGCUGGAUUUGGUUUCAGAGUUCGGGCCGCAGGAUUCGACGACCGCAGCGCAGGCGCCUGCUGCGUUGGCACCCAGACGCGAGCUUCUGCUUCAAGCGACAUGCCGUGAAGGGUGGCGGCAGCUCCCGAUGCCCAACUCCCAGGGACCAGCAAACGUCUCCUGGAGACACACCACGCUGCAGCUUAUGGGUGCUUCCUUGUUGAGUGCUGCUGGCGAGUCGACGGCAGCCAGUGUUCAGGAGCUCCUUCCGCAAGAGCUUGCAAACAGCAUCCGAGACUUCACCUCUUUGGAGAGUAUGGGUGUCGCCGUGACAGUUUGCACUUCUUCAGCCGUGUCGCGGCGCAGCACUGAGUUCGACUGCCGUGGCCCGGCGAACACCUUGUGGUCUUCUACCGUGCUACGCAUCCUGCCAGGGCUGCAAACUGCCAUUGUCGGCAAACUCCGAGAGGCUUCUGCACAGGAUCUUUCAAACAGGGCCCGAAGACAUGCAGCUGCUUCCAUCAAAGAUGAGACGCUGUUUGCCGUGAUUGCAGACGAGUUUUCCCACAAACGAGGCCAACCCGUGCCACAGAACGCGGCGAACAGCGCGCGGGAGAUUGCCACGACAUCCAUCAAGAACAAGCCGCUCUCGGCGGCAAUCGUGGUCACAUGUAUGGAGAAGGUCAGGGAGCUCGCCGCAAGAGAGACUGCCAACACCUUGCAGAGUCUCGGGACUGCUGCGCAGGUGGACCUGCCGCUUUGCACGGCGUCUUCCAGUGCAGCUUUGCGCACAGCGCGUCAGCCUGACCCACAAGGCCUGGCGAAUGUCCUUCGAGGCCUUGCCACGGCGUUGGCACCCCCGAGCGAGGAGCCCUCGCAUAGGACUUUCCGAAGCGAAACACAUUCACGCUUCAAAUUGUCUCAACAGUUCACCAGAGCAAGCUGCUUAAGACCAAAGCGUCUGUCGCCCUCAUGGCUAUGCAUGGGUCUGCGGGAGCUAUGGCGAAGAAGCGUGACCCGGAUACCUCUGGGCCAGCUCGGCGGAUCUCCUUUGGAUGCAGCCGCCCGCAGAGCUGCGUGGAGAGAGGCUGUGAGCUUGCUCGUGUCGGCCGUGCAUGCGCGACAGCAGCCGCUCUGCAGCCGGAAAAGUGUUGGAAAGCUGUUGGGUGCGUGUGCCGCUCAUUGGCCCAUAUCACUCUCGCUCCUGACGCUGGCCGAUCGCAGCAAGUUAACUCUCGAUCUCCGAGCCUUCUGCGCCGUGGCACAGGCGGCUACGGCCAGCAGGGCGUGGCGCCGGGCUCUGGAGCAACUCCAGGAGGCCUUUUGCCUUUUCGAACCCGACGAUGCAGCUGUCGGAUUGGCUGCAGCAGCUGGAGCGCACGGACCGUGGCAACUGGCCUUCGUGAUUCUCGCCGAUGCACGCAGGCGGCAUCUCCUGAACUUCGCGAGCUAUGGCUCGGUGAUAGGUGGGCUUGCGCAAUCCUCGAGCUGGAGGCAUGUCCUCGUCGUUUUGGAUGAGAUGCGCAAGAACGGCCUGUCGCCGAAUGUUGCCACGUACAGUGCUGCUUUGAAGGCGCUUCAAUCCGCUGCUCAAUGGAGCUGCGCUUUGCAGCUCUUCCGGGCAUCGCGAUCAGAGGUCAUUCCGGAUGCAAUUCUCUGGACCUCCGCCAUCAGUGCGGUGCAAGAAGGAGGCGACCACUGGGCUCUCGCCUCGUGGAUACUGGGUGAAGCUCGUGGCUGCCGCCUCCAGGUUAACAUGCACAUGUGCAGCGCUGCCAUGAGCGCAAUGGAGAAAAGCUCUGAAUGGCAGCAUGCGCUGCUCCUGUUCGCAACGGUCUGCAGAUCGCAAAUGCGGCCGGAUACCAUAGCCUGCAACGCAGCGCUCUCAACCUGUGGUCAGGGCAGCCGUUGGGAAAUCGCUUGGUGCCGUGGGCUGCACAGUCACCUCCUUGAAACCUUCACGGCCGGGCACUUCGGCAUGAAUGCCGCUGCCCAGGCUUUUGCCAAGGCAUUCAGCUGGAGGAGGUGUCUACUUCUGAUGGCGGCUCUCACUCAGCAGCGAGGCGGAGUUCGUGAAGCCGCUGCUUGCGCGGCACAGGAGGUCCACCUGCAGCUCCCGGUACUGCCGCCUGCUCCGGGCAAGCGGCGGGCUUUGCAGGCAGCUUUACGCCAGCGUUUGGGCCUGCAGCCCUUGGACCAGGCUGCACCAAGCAUCGACAACAUGGCCGUGCCGGAAGCGAGGUCUCUUCUGGCAGAGUUUCAUCAAACGGCGUCGCCCCACAUCUCUG